AUGUUGAGCAAAUUGAAAAACAAGGUAACCUCUGUUUCCUUAUCACCGUCAAAUUCCUCAAAUGAAGCAAGGUCUUUAAAUGAGGUAAUUCACGAGAAUAAUAACGGUGGCGGUGGCUCAUCCGAUGCAUCAUUAAUGAGCAACGAGAAAGUUGGAAUUUCAUCAGAAAAUGGUAAAUUGGAGCCGCCUAGGUAUAUACCUUUUGAAGCACCUUCAUCAGGAUCUCAUGUACCACCAGAACCCAAAUUAUCCAACGACCAAAAAGCAAAAUAUCUCAAAGUUUUAAAACACUUUCAGAAUCCCCAAUUGACUAUUGCUAAUAGUGAAGAGGACCACAAGCACAAACACCGAUCUAGCGAAUUGACCGUUGCCGAGAAAUCAUGGCUAACAAAAGAAUGUUUUUUGAGAUAUUUGCGAGCAACAAAAUGGCAUGUUGAAGAGGCAAUAGACAGAAUAGAACUUACACUAGCAUGGAGGAGGGAAUUUGGAAUAAGCGAAACGUUUGACAAGGAUAAUAGAGUCAAUGGCGAUUUGGUUAGCCAAGAGAAUGAAACCGGUAAGGAGGUAAUUUUGGGCUACGAAAACGAAUCUAGACCCUGUCUCUACUUAAAACCAGGAAGACAAAACACAAAGACAAGUCAAAGACAAGUUGAGCAUUUGGUCUAUAUGUUGGAAAGAGUUAUAGAUUAUAUGCCUCUGGGACAAGACUCAUUAGCAUUGCUCAUUGAUUUCAAAGCACAUCCUGUUGGAACACAAGGCGGCAAAAUACCACCAGUAGGUAUAGGCAGACAAGUACUACAUAUUUUACAAACACAUUACCCAGAAAGAUUAGGUAAGGCAUUGUUGACAAAUAUACCUUGGUUAGGAUGGACUUUUUUGAAAAUCAUCCAUCCAUUCAUCGAUCCCUUGACUAGAGAAAAGCUAGUAUUUGAUCAACCUUUUAUCAAUUAUGUUCCAAAAGUACAAUUGGAUAAGGAUUUCCAAGGUGACGUGAAUUUCGUAUAUGAGCACGAAAAAUACUGGCCAAAGAUGAUUGAAAUCAGUCAAAAUAAGAAACAGAAAUACUUUAAUAGAUUUGAAGAAUUUGGCGCAUGUGUAGGGUUAAGUGAAGUUGAUUUGAGAGGUGAUGGUAAAGAAUUAAUACACCAAGUAGGUACAAUUUGA